CUGUGCCUAUUGGAGUCAAUGGAUGGAGAGAAUCAUUCUAUAGUAUCUCAGUUUGUGUUCCUUGGGCUCUCUGAUUCAUGGGAGAUUCAGUGUUUCCUCUUUGUGUCCUCAUCUGUACUCUAUGCAGUGAGCAUUCUGGGAAACAUGCUCAUUUUGCUCACCGUGACCUUCGAUUAUCAUUUACACUCACCUAUGUAUAUCCUGCUCGCCAACCUCUCUUUGAUUGACUUAGGUUUUGGCUCAGUUACAGCCCCCAAAAUGAUUUAUGAUAUUUUCAGGAAGCAUAAAUUAAUUUCUUUUGGGGGUUGUAUUGCUCAAAUCUUCCUCAUUCAUGCAUUUGGUGGCACUGAGAUGGUGUUGCUUAUAGCCAUGGCCUUUGACAGAUAUGUGGCCAUAUGUAAGCCUCUCUACUAUUUGACCAUUAUGAACCCAAGAAUGUGUAUUUUCCUUUUGAUUGUUGCCUGGAUUAUUGGCCUCAUCCACUCCUUGAUUCAAUUGGCUUUUGUUGUGAACUUACCUUUCUGUGGUCCUAAUGAAUUGGACAGCUUUUUCUGUGACCUUCCUCGGUUCAUCAAACUGGCCUGCACUGAGACUUAUAGAUUGCAGUUUAUGGUCACUGCCAACAGUGGUUUCAUUUCUCUUGGAUCCUUCUGCACACUGAUGAUUUCCUACAUUUUCAUCCUGGUCACUGUUCAAAAACAUUCUUUAGGUGGUUCUUCCAAGGCUCUUUCCACUCUGACAGCUCACAUCACUGUGGUGGUUUUAUUCUUUGGUCCAUUGAUAUUUUUCUAUACAUGGCCAUUUCCUACAUCAAGCCUGGAUAAGUUUCUUGCUAUCUUUGAUGCAGUUCUUACUCCAUUUCUGAACCCAGUCAUCUACACAUUCAGGAACAAAGAGAUGAAGGUAGCAAUGGGAAGAGUCUGUAGCCAGCUUUUGAAGAAGGUUGUUUAA